AUGUCCGCCGCUAUUGCCUCCUCUCUCCCGGCUUCCGAGCCUCCCAAGCUCGAGAAGAAGCCCAUCAAGUUUUCCAACUUGCUCUUGGGCGCCGGUUUGAACCUGUUCGAGGUCACCUCCCUCGGCCAGCCCCUGGAGGUCAUCAAGACCACCAUGGCGGCGAACCGAGGUGAUGGUUUCGGAGCUGCUCUUGGCCGCAUUUGGAACCGUGGUGGUGUUUUCGGCUUUUACCAAGGUCUCAUUCCCUGGGCCUGGAUCGAAGCCUCCACCAAGGGCGCUGUCCUUCUCUUCGUCGCUUCCGAGGCCGAGUACUAUGCCCGCGCUGCCGGCGCCGGCGAGUUCGGCGGUGGCAUUUUCGGUGGUGUGACGGGUGGUGUUGCGCAGGCGUACGCUACUAUGGGUUUCUGCACCUGCAUGAAGACGGUGGAGAUCACCAAGCAUAAGAUGGCUUCCACCGGCCAAAAGGCUCCCGGCACCUGGGCCACCUUCAUGGACAUCUACCGCCGCGAAGGCAUCAGAGGUAUCAACAAGGGUGUCAACGCUGUUGCGAUUCGCCAGAUGACCAACUGGGGUUCUCGCUUCGGUCUGAGCCGUCUCGCUGAGCAGGGCAUCAGGGAUCUCACCGGCAAGAAGGAGGGUGAGAAGCUGAGCGCUGUGGAGAAGAUCACUGCCUCGGCGCUGGGUGGUGGUUUGUCGGCCUGGAACCAGCCUAUCGAGGUUAUCCGCGUCGAGAUGCAGAGCAAGAAGGAAGAUCCCAACCGCCCCAAGAAGAUGACGGUCGGGAAUACCUUCAAGUAUAUUUACGAGACGAACGGGCUCAAGGGUCUGUACCGCGGUGUGACGCCCCGUAUUGGGUUGGGCGUCUGGCAGACGGUUUGCAUGGUCGCCAUGGGUGACAUGGCAAAGACGUAUGUCGAGAAGCUGACUGGCGAGGCCGUCACCGCUAAGCAUUAG